UUUCAAGAAUAAACCAUUGAAAUUGAACCAAAACAACCGAAGAAAAAAAAAUUGAUAAAUAAAAAAAUGGCUGAUCCAUCAUGGUUAGAUAAAAAUAAUAUAACAUCAGUACGUUUGAAAACAUCAACCGGUACUGUUGAAAUUGGACAAUUAGAAGCAUUUGGAUUGUUUGGUCAAACAUUUUUAGUCAUUCUAUAUUCAUUGUCAACAUUUUUUGCAUUAACCGGUAAUACAUUGGUUAUAUUGGUUGAAAUAUAUGGCCGACGUUCAGCAAGAAAUCUACAAAAAUUUCUUAUCAAUUUAGCUAUUUCAGAUCUGUUAUUAGGUGUAUUGGUUACACCAUUUAUUUAUACGGAUAUUAUGCUGGGCCGUUGGAUAUUUCAUCCAUUACUUUGUCCAGUAACACAAUUUGUACAAUUAAUGUCAGUAUUCGUGACAACAUAUACAUUAACAUUCAUCGGUAUUGAACGAUAUUUUGCAACAUUACAUCCAUUAUCAUCAGCAAAUACAUGGUUACGUUCACAUGGUAAUUUAGUAUUACAAUUAAGUUGGAUAUUUGGUUCAAUAUUAGCAUCAUUUAGUAUACAAAAUACACGUGUUGUUGCAUUUAAUUAUAAUAGUCAAACAUAUUAUGAUUGUGCUAAUUGGGUUGAUGUUGCUGAACGAGAUAUGCAAAUUUAUGUUACAUUAUCAUUCGUAUUGACAUUUGUUUUGCCAAUAAUAUUUCUGACAAUAUCAUAUGGUGCUAUUGGUCGUCGUUUAAUGCGUACACAAAAAUAUUGGUGUUCAUAUCGACAAACAAUACCAUUCAGUAGUCAUCAUCAUAGUCAUAGUCAUCAUAGUCAUAAUCAAAAUUCAACAUCUCGUACACAUAGUAAUAAUAAUAGUAAUUCAUCACAUAAUCAUAAUCUUAGUAAUGUUGAUAAUGAAGGCAAUAAUAAUAAUAAUAAUAAUCCAACAGUAACUGCAGCGGUGGCAGCACCAUCGGUAACAACAACAACAACACGAAAAAAUAAAUCAUUAAUAAGAAAAAAUUUUACUAAAAUAUCAAAAUUAUCAAAUUCAAAUGUUCAUCAUCAAACUAAUGGCGGUAAUGGUAAUGAUGAUAAUAAUACAACAACCGUUACAACAAGUAAUAAUAGUUUGAAUAAAAAAUCCAAUAACAAAAAUCAAAAUAAAGUUAUUGUACGAUUUGAUAAACGUAAUGCUGAAUUUUUAAAUAAAAUGAGAGUAUUUCGUUUAUUAGUUGCUGUAUUGGUAUUAUUUAUAAUUUGUUGGCUACCAAUAAAAAUAUUUAUGUUAAUACUUGCAUUUCGUCCAUCGAUUGUUUAUCUGGAUUCAAUGACUAAUUAUUAUAUAUAUUAUAUAUCAUUUUUUCUUUGUCAUUGGCUUUCAAUGGCAAAUAGUUUUGCCAAUCCAAUACUUUAUUGUUUUAUGAGUAAAAGCUUUAGGGCAGAUCUUUGUGAUCUAUUUGUUUGUAUUUGUACAAAAUUAAAUAUUUGUAUAAAAUCCUGUGAAACAUUGAAAGAAAAUCAUCAUCCCCAUCAUCAUACUGGUGAAUUUUAA